GCAGCAUCGCCGAGGAACUACGGCUCCCAGGCAGGCCGUGCGGCGGGCGGCCGGCCGCGCGAAGCGCUUCCGCGGACCCUUCCAGCCGGCGGCUGAGUCGCGCCCGCCCGGCUGCCCGCGCGUCCCGCGGCUCCCCUGGCCGGGCGUAGCGCGGAGCCUCCGCGGGCGCCGGGGCAGGAUGGGCCCGGGGCCCGGCCGGGCGUCGCCGGCGGAGGCCCCCGCCGGGGCGGGUGGAGGCGAGGCGACGGCGCUGGAGGCUGCGCGCCGGGCACCGAGAGAGGCCCUUCCCGCAGCCGGCACACCAGACCGGGUGACUUUCGAGGACGUGGCCGUGGGCUUCUCAGCGGAGGAGUGGUCCCUGCUGGAGGGCAGCCAGAAGGACCUGCACCAGGAAGUGAUGCUGGAGAUGUGCUCUUUGCUGCUUUCGCUGGGUCAUUCUGUCCCCGCGCUGGACGUUUCCUCCUUGGUCUGCCAGCCAGAAGGGACCGCUGAUAGCCCCAGUCCCAGCUGGGGAAGAAGGCUGCCUUUUGCUGUGGGAGGGGACAAAGCCCAUUGUGAAAAGCCCCCUUUGUCAGAGGACAUGGGAGGACCGCGGAAGCUGGAGCAGGACAAGGCAGAGGAGCACCUGACCGCGUUGGGCAAUGGGGAGGGUGGGGAUCAAAGCAGCCACCACCUGUGUGCUCUCAUGCAGCUGGUAAAUGAAAUCCCAGAGUUCCUCUGUGGACACACAAAUGCACGCCUGGACCAAGCCACACCUGCCAGGAGUAGUGAAGGCAGAGGGCACGGUGGUCCUGCUGUCCAGACGAAAAGCUUCCUGCCCGUUAGCCGGCAAGGCACCUUGGCAGACUUGGUCCCCCUGAGCCUGUCCAGCCGAUCCGGGACCCCUCGCAGUGGCAUGGAGGGAGACGGGCUGGAGUCCAGUAGACGAGGCACCUUCACCCCACGCGCUGCUCAGGGACUGAAGGGAGCAGACGUGGCAACCAACACAGAGCCGGCUGCCGAGGAGAAACUGGCUGAAGGGUGGCUGAAGCGGGAGGAUGAAGUUUUCUUCCAGCGGCCAUGUCUCUGGGCAGAGCAGAAGGGCGGCCCGCAAACGGACCCAAGGCUGGAGCCCUGCCCUGCGGACGCGGACGGGAUGGCAGGCGCAACCCCAGAGGGGCCCCUGGCCUCAGAAGGCCGGACAGGAGGCAGUGGCCAGCCGGACGGAGCUGCUCCUGUUUCAGCCAUCGCCUCUCUCGGAUGCAGCGCACGGAGGGAUCGGGACCUGGAUUAUCCUCCUGCAGAUGUGGGCUGUCUGGGCCAGCCCAGUUCCUGGAGGGAAGGAGAGGCAGAUGGACCCACUUCACUGGGCACUUCGCGAAGCAUCGCUUGUUCUGGCAGCAGAUCUGAGGAGGGAAAGGCAGUGCCCAAGGCAGUGGCUGAGAGGGGAGCUCCAAAAAGCACUUGCAGGGCAUCACCAAAGAUGGUGCCAGGAGCCACGGCAGAAGAGAAACCACUCCGGGGGUUGCUGAAGUGCCUGAAGGAGCUGAUUGUCCUGCAACCCUGCCCGGGCCACCAAGCGUCCCGCACGCCUUCCCUAGGGAGCCGGCCGCAGGCCCCUGGGAGUGGGCAAAGGGGAGGCGGGAGCAGCUUGCUGCCCAUCCAAGUUAAGACGGAAGCUGCCGAAGAGGAGCCUGGGGCCUGCCGCCCAGGAGGAGGGUCCGGCCCUCCCGCUGCAUCCUGGGGGCACACCGCCACCUGCCAGCCUGAAGGCAGCCAGAGAGUGGGCCCCCCAGGCAGAAAGGAGGGCCGCCCCUUUCCUGCAGUCAAGGCGGAGAAGAUGACCAGCACCCUCCCGUGUCAGGACCUGGAGAGAGCCGCUGGUGUUGUCAUUGUCCGGGCAGGCGGAAGCGGGGAGAGGGCCCCCGACAGAUCUGGUGCCUUGGCUGUGCGCGGUCAGCUUCCUCUUCCAGUUAAAUCUGAGGCAGCGGCUGAGGAAAAGCCUCCCCUGCAAGGCCAGAAGGACAUCUCGGAAGGGAAGGGGGACCCCUGUUGUGGCCCUCUGAGGAGCAGCUCGUCUCUCGGCACCAGAGAAUCCGGGUCCAAGCUGGGACUCUGGGUGCCGUAUUCGGCUGACUGGAGCCCGGCCACCAGCCCUCUCCACGGGUUGCUCAGCUGCUUGAAGGACAUCCCCGUCCCCAGACCACGUCCUUCCAGAGUCCUGGCGGGCACAAGAGGAGCAGCAGCGGAGAAGGAGAGAUGGAAAGUGGGACGAAGGGGAAGGAUCGGUCUUGGCACCCCUUUGCAAGGCCAGGAGAGGGGCCUGAAAGAGCGUCCUCCGAGCGCCCAGAUCCAGCCCUGCUCCCCUGCCGUCAGUUCUUCUGUCAGCAGCUCCCCAGACAGGCCUCCCUGGUGGACUCCAGAGCAAGGCAAGUGGAGGAGGAAGGAAGAGGGCGAGGUCCUUUUGGGGCCUGGGCAGUGGGUGGGCCCUGACCCCUCAAGAGCCAGGACAUCUGGGGGGGGGGGUUGUCUCUUGGCAGAACAGCUCCCUUUGGCCAAGGCUUGUGAUUGUGAUCUCAAGCAGGCAGCAGCCCUCCGGGGUAGGUUGGCCGCCACUCAAAAGUUGCCAAGGUGCCUGGCACACCUUGAUGCAGCAGGAGGAACCAUCUGGAACAGUGGGCUUUCGCCGCUGGUACAGGGAAAAAAGAAGGCACCAACGCAUGAGAUGGUUGGCCAAGGCUGGUUGGCAUCAUCUCCACCUGCCUAUUUUCGCAGAGCUUGGCCAAGUCCACAGCCCUUUGCAAAGUCUCGGGUGGGGGUUGAAGGAGCACCCGUUGGGUUCGCACAGCCAGGCCUCUCCACUGGCCACCAGCAGCUCCCCGCAGCUCCCCGCUUGGAGGCUCCAGUCUGGUGUGGUCCCACUUGCCACACUUACAUCAGGACUUAUAUCGGCCUCCCUGACUUGGUAGGACUCGGCCAAAAUCGCACCCCCUUGCAAGGCCUGGAGAAGUGUUUGAGGGACAUCCGGAAGCAGCGAGGGUCCCCGGCAGUCAGCUCCUCCAUCAGCAGCUCCCCAGACAGACUCCGCCAGUGGACCCCAGAGCCAGGGCGAUGGGCCAGAAUGGAGGAAGGAGCAAGUCCGCUGAGGAUCCCACCCCUCCAGGGCCUGGAGAAUUGCCUGAAGGAGAUUGCCCUGAGCAGAGCCGGCCGUCCAGAUGCCAACCCUGCAGGGCGCAGAAUCUGUGCUCAGAAAUGGCAGGGAACGGAGGCCGAAUCACCGCGGCCGUGGCCGGGAGACAGCUUUCUGCAACCGUGUGCCCCGAGCAUCUCGGCUUCCCCGCCCAUGGAAGUGGGUGCCGAGAAUUCUCCCCUCCACAGGCUGAUGAACUGCCUGAAGGACAUCCCCAUACAAAGGCCAAGUUAUCUCAACACGCCAAGUGUGUCGUCAUCCUCCUCCUCCUCCUCCUCCUUCAGCUGCAGUGAAACUGAAAGGGACCAGCGGAGCCCAGGAAGUGCAGCGUGGUGGGAGUGCAGCCAAGGUCGGCAUCAGCCGCCAGACAGGUUCCAAGGAUCCGAGGUGGAUGCCCUUGUGGGACAGAAAGUGGCAAUGGAGUCUGAGAGGAAGCAUCCAUCUGCUCGUCGUCCUCCAGCAGAGGGGGAGAGGUUGCUCUCCACGCCAGAGUCCAAUUUUGUUGAUGUGGGUGAUAAAGCACCUUCUGCAUCCCUGCUUGCCAACCCAGAGAACGAGGCGAAGGACCCUGUGGCCAGACAGAUGCUUUACUCCAGCGACCCUCUUUGCCCCGGAGCUCAGCAGGAUGCGACGUCUGGGGCAUCUGAAGCAAGGGAUGAUGGGGCACCUUCCGCACCUCUUGUGGACAAGACCUUCACCCGCGAACUGCAGAGCGGCCAAAGAGUCACAGUCCAGACCCCGACCUGUUCCAGCACAGCAGCCCCCGACGCCCUUGGGAGGGCACCUGGAGGGGAGACGGACUGGAGUCUGGCGGAAGCGCAGGGGCAGCCACAGCCGCAGCCUGGCCCUAAAGCUAAAAGGAGAGGCGCUGCCCGUCCCCAAGGCUUGCCUGCUUACCUGGCUGAAAUACCUGCCCACCUUCCACACAGUUCCCAGCGGCCCCCCGGCAGCCCUCAGGAUCCCCUGGAGCCAAAGGGUGAGGAAGGGAAGGCAAGCGGGCCCUCUGUGGCAGGAGAGGGGGUGACCGAGAGCAGCCCCCUCCAGGGCCUGCUCAGGUGCCUCAAGGAGAUCACUCAUGAAAGCACCGGUCCCUGCCCCCCCUCAGCCAGAAAAAAGCCCAGAGAGUCGAGGCCCGAGGAGGAGGACGAGGAGGAGGAGGAGGCAGCUGAUUCCAGAAAGAGGUCCUGGGAAGGAGCCUUCUCCUCAAGCCCUCCUGCCUGUGGCGUGGAAACGUCCCCCCAGCAGAAUGGCCACUCAUGCCCACUGAGCACAAGGUCCUCUGCGCACAAGCGUGGCACGCCAGGGAGCCUCUCUGCCUCGCGUAAGACAGGCAGCAUAAGAGCACCUGCAACAGCCAGGGACGAGGGCCGCCCGGCCGCCGACGCCGCCCCACCUCCUGCCGACGCAGCGCCGGACGCGGCCCCGAAGAAGCGGCGCCCCGGCCCGGCCCCCUCCUCGCCGCCCUGCGGCUGCGGCGCCAGCCCCACUCCGGAGCGCCCGGCCGAGGCGGGGGCCGCGGGGCCGCGGGGCCCCUCGGAGCAGCUGGGCCGCCUGGCUGCCGACGUGGGCGCCCUCUGCCGGGACCUCGCGCGGCUGCAGGGCCACGUGCUGGGGCUGGAGCGCGAGGCGCGGGGCUGGGCGCUGGAGUUGGCCGCCCUCCGCCUGGAGCACCGCGGCCUGGGCGCCUAUGCGCGCCGCCUGGAGAGCCGCUGCCGCGCCCUGGAGAGCCGCUCGCGCCGCCGCGACCUGCGCCUGCUGGGCCUGCCGGAGGGGGCGGAGGGGGGCGACGCCGCGGGCUUCCUGCGGCGGACGCUGCCGGGGCUGCUGGGCUGGGCCCCGGGCGCGCCGGGCCCCGAGGUGGAGAGCGCCCGCCGGGUGCGCGGAGGGGCGGCCCGGGAGCCGCCCGGCAAGCCGCGCCCGCUGGUCUUCCGCCUGCUGCGCUUGGCCGACAAGGCGGCGGUGCUGGAGGCCGCCCGCGCCCGGACCCUCCGCUGCGCCGGCGCCCAGGUCGCCAUCCUGCCGGACCUGCGCUCCUCGCUGGCGCGGCGGCGGCGAGUCCCGCUGGGGACGGGGCGGAGGGCCCGCUGGGUGGCCGACCUGCUCUGCGGGGCCCGGCCCUCCCCCGGGGGCCUGGCCCGGACCCAGGCGUCGUGGGAGCCCCCUGCCGGUCGCGCGCCCCUGGCAGGCGAGCGGGCGGGCCGGGCAGCCAAGGGCGGAGGGGGCCGCUCCCCGGGGGGCUGCGAGCCACAUAACCCGUGAGGCGGUGCCAGGUCCCGAAAAGCUGGUGGCUCUCUGUAGUUGCGCCUGCCUUUUGCCCGCCCUCCCCCCGCUGCUUCACACCUGCGCAGAGAGCGCCCUCGCCCAGCUGGACACGCGGGUGCCUGCCUGCGCUGGGGAAACGCGCCCCUCCGAGCCGCCAAAGCGCUGCCUGCCAUUCCCACCCCACCCCACUGGGCGGGCGGGCGGCGUUGUGGGCUGAGCAAACCAUCCUGCUGCUUCUGCACGGCUUCUUAGCGAGGAAGUUCCAAUUGGGGUGGGAUGGCAGUCCCCUUCCUAUGACAGCCACUGCCCCCACUAUGGCAUAGGCAUCGUGCCCUGGUAGAGAAGGGCAUUGGCAUAAUUGGGGCCUGUAUCCCCAGAGCUCUGACAGGAGUGCCCUCCAGGCCCUCUCCCUGAGUGACCAGGCGUUGUGGGGUGCAAGAAAAGGCAGCCAACGGUCUCCUGACAGGGAUGGCCUCAAAGCGUGAAUGCGGCAGCUUCCUCCCCACAAGAGAGACACCCCCAGAGUCACCUUUUUUGUGCGGGUGGGGGAAGCCUUUUGGUGGAACAAAAGAAAAGUGGAGACUGUCCAGCGUCGUGGCAGAGAUGCUUCAGCUUGGGUUCCUGCACUGAGCAGGGGUUGGACUAGGUGGCCUCAAGGACGCCUUGCGACUCUAGCGUUCUGUGAGUCUCAACUAUUCUGGCUUGAGUAGGCAUUGGCUGGCUGGGGAUAAUUCAGGGUUGAAGUAUAUCCCCAUUUUGUUUUUGUAUAUUUAAAUGUAUUGCUUUUUUGCAA